UGGAUCAGCUGUUGAGAAGAAAUCAGUUUCAGGGAUGCUGUAAUGCGGUGUUAUAAUCAACAGGUUUGUGUGGUGGAACGUGCUGUGUUGAUGGACGUUUAUGUGAGUUUUUCUGGGAUCGCAUACAUUGAAAACUCUGCGUAGAGGGGUUUUUUUAAAGUUUUUUUUCUCUCUCUCUUUGUCAUCUGCGUGAUGUCGUUUGACGGAGGAGGUCAAUUCGACUGUUCCCAUCUGUCCGGACAGUACACGAUGGAGGUGGAGUACAAAAGUGAGACAAAUGGACAAAACAUGCAGCAGGAUGAAGGAAUCGGCAACGUUGAAGAAAUACCUCCACUUCCAAAACAGCAGAUAGAUGCGUAUGGCCAGUUUGCGACCCCGUUAGAAGCGGAGGCCACGCUAUCGACGUCCCACGACUCGGGUUACGGAGAUGACUUCUCGCAGAGUCUCGAAUGUUACGAGCAAUACGACCCCGUUGUGGAGUGGAAGGCGCGCAAGCUGUCGCUGUACAGCCCCGUGAGGUGGACGCCGUUCUGGCCCAUGGGCGACAUCGACCACGCGGGUUUCGAAGGAUUCGAGGAAGACAUCUACAGACAUCGGCUCAGCGUGGAGCGAAAAUUCCACCCAGUCAAGUGUCUCUCUCGACAGUCAGAGAUCAGCCCGGUACUGCGCGGCCUGCUGGUGAACUGGGUAACGUCACUGUGCCAGCAGAACGUGCUGAGCCAGAGCACGCUGUUCCUCAGCGUCAACAUCAUCGACCGAGUCUUCUCCGUCAUCUUCGUCGCCAGCGAUUGUCUCCCCUUGCUGGGAAUUACGUCCUUACUCGUGGCAGCGAAACUGGAGGAGGUGUCGCCGCCGGAGAUUGCCGAUCUGGUGGAGGGGAUGACGUACACGCGAGCCUCGGUCAAGGAGCUGGAGCAGCUGGUGCUGAUGGCGAUCAAGUUCGACCUGAUGGUGCCCACGUCGCUCUUCUUCCUCGAGUUCUUCGCGGCGGCCUGCACAGCCACAUCGUCCGACGCCGACAUCGAGAACCUCAGACAAGCUCGUGCGUUCGCCCGCUGUGUGCUACACCUCUCGCUCCAAGACUACGACCUGUGCCAGUUCCGCCCCUCCCUGCUCGCUCUGUGCAUGUGGAAGGCGGCGGUGCGGCAGAUCGGGGUGUCCGACGGCGAGUACUACCCGUCGGGCAUCUACUGCACGCGGGGGCGCUACGACAAGUGCCUGUCCCAAGUAAAGUCGUUCACCAGAGCCCUGAUGGACAGCUACCCGGACAUCUUUAACAUCAGCGAGAAGUUUCGCAAUCUGCAGGGCGUCGAUUAAGUCUUUAGGCGUUACAUUUUUUUCUACUUUAUUUUUUACAUGCCUAGCCAAUGUCCUUUCCAGUGUUCAGGCAUGUCUUCCCCGGCCCUUACCUACCCCUGGCAUGGCCAGCGGUUUGGUCCAUGGGAGAGUCGAUUAAGGAACACUGCUUAGGUUAAAAGAACAAAAAUUCAAAGGAAAAAAUAACGCGCAUGCGCACGCUGUUUUGAAAAAUGGCGCAUGCGCACAGUUUUCUCUAUGAGUGGAAAAACAAUUAGUGCUAAUAUACAACGAUCUCAUCAUCAUCGUCAUCAACAUGCGGUGCAUGAAGUUGACGUGUUAACCCAAAGUGUCGUCUGCAAGAAGUUCGUGUUCUGCCCGUUGCGUAAUGUAACAAUGAUUCUGAUUGAACAGCCAGCUGUAUGACGUCAUGUCCGAUUGUCUGGCACUGGCUGAUUGACAGUCGUUUGGAGUUCUCGCCAACUGGUUGAUUGUGUCAUUGCUACUGUGUUAUGAAUAGAAUUGAUCACAUUGCUAUUUAUUCAGAAGUUGUAAUAAUAUUAUUAGAUUCUAUCACAGAAAUAACAGGCCAAAAAUCAAAAUUGGAAUUAAUUUUUGUUUUGUUAUGCAAAUGACCCCAGUGUUUAAAAAAAUUGGUAAUUUAACAUUACAAUACCAAACGUUUAGCAAAUUCGUUGAUAAAUAGUUAAUUUUUGUUUCAAAAAAGGUUUAUGAAAUUUUGUUUAGCAAUGAAAUUAUGAAGCUUUGUUGUAUAUUACUUGACCCUGGUUCUAUCAAAGUAAGUGCCUACAAUGUGUAUUUCUUAGGUGUAUAUAGAAUGCUGAAGUAUAAAAAUGUGUGCAAAAACAUUUAGGUAAGAAAAAACCUGGGAGAUUUUCGGGGAUUCUGAUACCUUAUAUUCGUUCACUUUUGCGAAAGAAGCAACAUUGAUUGAGGUGGGGCGUAGAAAUUUCUUUCCGGGAAACCGACUCUACCUAAAAAAGAAAGAAAAAAAAGGGCCGGCUCUAACUUUUUUCUUCUUCUUUUUUUAUUAUUAUGUAUUUUAUUUGGACUUGUAAAGGUAAUGUAUUUAAAAAAAAACCAUACUCAACAACACUUAAAAACGAAGAAGUAAAAGUUCUAAACGGAAAAAGAGGACUCCCCCCGACCUAAUUUGUUGGCAUGUUCCCGGAAACACACUUAAAAAUCCGAAUGUUUGCUAAUUUGUAUUUGAUUUAUUUAUUCAAGUGCUUACGUAGAAAUUAGAACACCUCAAAAACAUUUCAGUACUAAUUACCCCCGGCCCCUAGUGAAGUUUUAUCCCAGGAUCUGUGAGUAAUAUGACCGAGCAAUAAAAUAAUGUCCGUAUUAGGCCCAAAACACACCGAAGCUAGGUCUAGGUCUGGGUCUGAGGCUCUGGGUCUGGCGAGUGUGGCAGAAUGUGGCAAAGUCAAAUGUGUGUCUGUAACUGCAAUGUGCUAUCUAUCUAUCUAUCUUAUCUAUAUCUAUAUCUAUAUCUAUAUAUAAUAUGCUAUCAUAUCUUAUACUUUACUGAUAUAAACAUCAACAAUAAGCAUGAAAAAUCCACAUUGAUUAAUAUAUACCUUUUCUUUUGUUUAUUGAGAAAAAUGAAUGAGUAAAGUUCAAACAAUGUGCAGUGUUAAAAUAUAGCGCAUGUUCUAUGUCGUCUGUUGCUAGAUCUUUAGUUCGCGCCAGCACAAACGCGGUGUGUUUUGUCACAUUCAAUUCAGUGCGUUUCAUUUUCGACUUGUACCAUACUCGCCAAACCCAGACCCAGAUGUGUGUUUUGUCACAUUCGAUUCAGUGCGUUUAAUUUUUGACUGGUACCAUACUCGCCAGACACAGACGCAGAUGCGGUGUGUUUUGUCACAUUCGAUUCAGUGCGUUUCAUUUUUGACUGGUACCAUACUCGCCAGACUCAGACACAGACACAGACUCGGUGUGUUUUGGGCCUUACGAAGCACCAGGUAAAAGUAAUGUUAGAUGAUAUCUACUGCUAUGAGAGUCUGUGUUUUAUGUAUAUAGCAAAUUAUGUGGUAUUUGAUUUAUGAAAACAGAGGGCUAUUCUUAAAAUGAUCCAUUGGAGGUGAGCAGAAGUAAUUUUCUUCUUCCCAGUGACCCCCACAAUAAGAAAGAAGCGUACGGACGACCUUGAGAAUAAAUGAGUAACCUAUCUUGAUAGCAGCAGGUUUUCUCUUCCCAUUGUCUUAACUACGACUCUUUCUCUAUCUCUUUAUGUGUUUGUCUGGGAGUAUCUCUCUCUCUCUCUCUCUCUCUCUCUCUCUCUCUCUCUCUCUCUCUCUCUCUCUCUCUCUCUCUCUCUCUCUCUCUCUCUCUCUCUCU